AUGUCCCAAGAGGAUCUGCGAAACGCCAUCGUCCAACUCACGAAUCUCGUCGCGAAGCAGCAGCAGCAGAUCGAAAAUUUAGCAAAUCGAACUUUUUCGACGGCGGCUAGCGGAAGCGAGAAGACAAUCGAGUCGUUGGCAAAUGGAAUUCAAGAUUUCCUGUACGAUCCGGACGCAGGAGUUUUCUUUGAUGCAUGGUACGCUAGAUACGAAGACGUCUUCAUUCAGGAUGGUCAUUCUCUCGACGAUGCCGUCCGUGUGAGAUUGCUUCUACGCAAAUUAAGCACCCCUCUGCACGAUAAGUACGUGAACACUAUUCUGCCAAAGCAUCCUCGCGAUUUCUCUCUGGAUGAGACCGUUACAAAACUGAAGAAGUUGUUUGGUCGCCAGAAGUCGGUUUUUCACUCCCGUUACCAGUGCCUGCAGUACGCCAAGAGUGACGCGGAUGAUUUUACUUCGUAUGCUGCCAUGGUCAACAAACACUGCGAAGCGUUUCAACUUUCCAAGCUCACGUCGGAUCAAUUCAAAGCUCUCCGAUUUGUCUGUGGACUCCAAUCGCCACGGGAUGCGGACAUCCGAGCUAGAUUGAUUUCAAAACUGGAAGCUGAUGAAACUGCAGUUGUUGAACAAGGAGAAGCUGCAAGUAAGGUGACUUUGGAAAACCUGGUGGAAGAAUGUCAUCGUGUGGCCAACCUUAAGCAUGACUCGCAGAUGGUGGAAAACAAGGAGGCUUGCUCCGUCAACGCCAUUUCGCGCAACCAGAAUCAUUCUUCUUCGAAGAAGACCAACAAAGUGCCCAAGACACCCUGCUGGAAAUGUGGGGAACUGCACUACGUUCGUGAAUGUCCGUUUGCAUCGCACAUGUGUACUAGAUGCAAGCAGCAAGGACAUAAAGAAGGCUACUGUUCAAGCAGUAAGCCCGCUGCAUCCAAGCCUUUCAAGCAAUGGAAGCCCAAAGAGAGCAUGAAGACGAAUGGCAUUUACACUGUUCGCAACGUCGGAAGAAAACGCAAAUUCGUCUCGGUCGAGCUCAACGGGGUAGCAGUCAAGCUUCAGUACGACUCGGCGUCCGACAUCACCAUCAUUUCGAACGAAACAUGGGCUAGCAUCGGACGACCACCCACUCAACCGACCGAUGAAUCUGCUGUCACAGCGUCUGGUAGUGAUUUGAAUCUCCUCGCAGAGUUUCAAGCCGACAUCACUAUUAACAACGUGACCAAGACAGGGCGCAUUUUCAUCUCUGAUAGCGCCGAUCUCAACGUUUUGGGAAUCGAUACUAUGGAUCUGUUUGAUCUGUGGUCCGUACCGAUUAACAGCUUGGUCAACGUCGUACAUCAAAACUCUGACCAAUAUGUUGAUCGCCUCAAGUACCAGUUUCCGGAGGUUUUUCGAAGCACGCUGGGUAGAUGCACAAAAGCGCAAGUGAAGUUAUACUUGAAGCCUGAUGCCCGUCCAUGCUACUGUCCGAAGCGACCAGUGGCGUAUGCGGCUCUUCCCAAAGUAGAUGCGGAACUCGAAAGGCUCGAAACAAACGGUAUAAUUUCUCCAGUUCAAUUCUCGGACUGGGCAGCACCAAUAGUCGUCGUACGGAAGUCGGACAAUGUUUCGGUCCGUGUGUGCGGUGAUUAUUCUACGGGGCUGAACAACGCGCUGGAAUGUGACCGUCAUCCUCUACCUCAUCCUGACGAUCUUUUCGCGGAGUUGGCUGGGGCACGCUAUUUCACACACCUUGACUUAUCAGACGCCUAUCUACAAGUUGAGGUCGAGGUGGAAUCGCGCAAGCUACUUACCGUGAACACACAUUGCGGCCUUUUCCAGUACAACCGACUUCCUCCAGGAGUCAAGUCGGCACCUGGUGCUUUCCAACGCAUUAUUGACAGCAUGGUAGCUGGCAUCUCUGGAGUGAAACCUUACCUUGAUGAUAUCUUCAUUGCUGGCCGCACCAAAGAGGAGCACGACCGUAUCCUCUAUGCUGUUCUCGAACGCGUCCGUGAGUAUGGUUUCCAUUUACGCCUUGAAAAAUGUCGUUUCGCGCUUCCCCAGAUCGGUUUCCUUGGAUUGAUCGUCGACAAGGACGGUGUUCGGCCUGACCCGUCCAAAACAGAAGCCAUUGCCAAGAUGCCACCCCCGAAGGACGUGAAGCAACUUCGCUCCUACCUCGGAGCUAUCAACUAUUAUGGUCGAUUCGUUCCACAGAUGAAGCACCUCAGGGCUCCCCUGGAUGACCUGCUGAAAAAGGAUGCUCGCUGGAACUGGACAAAAGAGUGUCAGAAAUCUUUUGAGCAGUUCAAGACCAUUUUACUCUCCGACCUGCUGCUUACUCACUAUGACCCAUCUAAGGAGAUCAUCGUCGCGGCAGACGCAUCGAAGUAUGGUCUAGUAUGGUCGGCAGCGGAAAUGAACUACGGCCAAGUGGAAAAGGAAGCAUUGGCGUUGAUAUUCGCUGUCACCCGUUUCCAUAAGAUGCUGUACGGACGGCAUUUCACUCUCGAAACCGAUCAUCAACCGCUACUCAAAGUUUUCGGCUCGAAAAAAGGAAUACCAGUUUACACAGCCAAUCGUCUGCAACGAUGGGCUUUGACACUUCUCCUGUAUGACUUCGAGAUCAAGCACAUCUCGACGAUGAAUUUCGGCUACGCAGACUUCCUGUCCCGGCUGAUGUCAUCACAGCGCAGACCAGAUGAGGAUUACGUCAUAGCUGCCGUCUAUGUCGAAUCCGAAGCAAAGGCGAUUCUCGAAGACUCCAUCAACAAUCUGCCAGUCACACAUCAGAUGAUUGUGGCUGAGACACGUAAGGAUGCUGUUCUGCAGCAAGUGAUUAGUUACAUCAAUGAAGGAUGGCCAGCAAGCGUGAAGCUAAUCACCGAUCCUGAUGUAAAGAAGUUCUUCGUCAGACGUGAGGGACUUCAAGUCGUCGAUAACUGCGUCAUGUUCGGCGAUCGAAUCGUCGUUCCAUCAAAAUUCCGGAAGCGAAUCGUCCGCCAGCUACAUCGUGGGCACCCAGGAAUGGAGUGGAUGAAGUCUCUGGCUCGCAGCUACAUUUACUGGCCGAAUGUUGACGACGAUGUGGCGCAAUUCGUUCGUCAGUGCGAUGCAUGUGCUGAAGCAGCGAAGGCUCCGACGAAAGCAACCCUGGAAUCAUGGCCUCUUCCGGACCGGCCGUGGCAACGAGUACACGUCGAUUUCGCUGGCCCAAUCGACGGACAUCACUAUUUCGUGAUUGUGGAUGCCUACUCUAAGUGGCCCGAAAUUUUUCGCACUAGAUCCAUCACCACGACAACAACUUUGGACCUGCUUCGUGAAACAUUUUCCCGUUACGGCAAUCCAGACACGCCAGUCUCAGAUAACGGAACGCAGUUUACGAGCGGACAGUUUCAACAGUUUUGCCGUGAGAAUGGCAUCAACCAUAUUCGUACUGCUCCAUACCACCCGCAGUCGAAUGGCCAAGCUGAACGUUUCGUGGAUUCCCUCAAACGCGGCCUUAAGAAGUUAGGUAAGGGGGAAUCACCAUCAUUACAGCAUCUACAGACGUUUCUUUCAGUGUACCGAUCAACACUCAACCGGAAUACACCUAAGGGAACGUCUCCACCCGAAGCGUUUUUAAAAAGAACGAUGCGCACUACGUUGGAUCUGUUGAGGAAACCAUAUCCUCCGACUGCAGCCGUUAACCACAAACAAAAUGAACAAUUCAACAAACGGCAUGGAGCGGUCAAGCGAUCAUUUGUAGAGAAUGACUUGGUGUAUGUUAAACAACACGUACACAACAAAAAGUCGUGGGUUCCUGGUCGAGUCAUUGAACCAAAAGGAUCCGUUCACUAUGUCGUGUCGCUUGACUUGCAUGGAAGACAGAAGCUGGUUAGAUCGCAUGUCAACCAAAUGCGUUCUCGCUACGGUUCCGAAACCCCUGGGCAAGAACAACAACAACUUCCAUGGGAAGUUUUAUUAGAAGAAGUUGGUACUACUGCUCCAGUGAAACCAGCUGGCAAUCAUGUUGCUAUUAAUUUGAACUCUACGGUGCCAGCUGAUAUUCCUGUUUUUGAAAAUCCGCCAACCGAUUUCAACCCGCCAACAACCAAUGAACAACCAUCUGCAUCAGCAUCGGAAUCCAUCGCAUCCGAAUCCGUCAUAGCCGAAUCUAUCGCAUCUGAAUCCGUCGCAUCCGAAUCCAUCGGAAGCUUACUACGUCGUUCCGUACGAACACCGAGAAUCCCUCAAUGGCUCUCAUCAUACGACCUUUAUUAA